UCAGCUUCAAAAUGAAAUUGAUUAGUUUCCUAUUUUACGUCUUUUACGUCAUAUCUUCUUUGGAUGCUAGUAUUGAGGAUCAGGUGAAAAAAGCCAUACAAGAUAUCAAGGAUAAAAUACCUGAACCAAUCAGCAUUAGUAACUCAACCAUCACUAUUCCAGAAAACAACAUAAUUUCCGGGACCUUAAAUCUCUCGAACUUUGUUGUAACUGGGUUGAAAGCAAUGGAACUAUCUGUAAAGUACUCAUUUCUUACACUACCAGAAGGAUUCUCAUUUGAAUUGGAGAACCUUCAAAUGCACACUGGAUAUCAAAUGAAUAUUCCUUUAUUCAAUAUAUCGCUCCUGACCUUCUUCGGCACAGGUAAUCUAAGCUUAUCUUUGAAUGGUUUGAAUGUUAACGGAUCCAUCAGGUUACUAGCUCUCCCUAAAUUGUUCAGUGACGUAACAACUUCCAUCAAGGAUGCUAAGUUCAGUGUCACAGGCUUCUUAGAAGAUCCGAUCUUGAGUGGGCAGAUAAGUGAUGCUCUAACAGAUGCAAUUGUUCCAACAUUGAAUGAAAAAGAGUUUGCCAAUUUUGUUGAGAACGUAUUGAACACAUUGGUUGGAGAAAUCAUCCAUCGAAAUGGAACAGAGCAAGUCAACUUUACGAGUGGUGAAUUGUCCAUGAGUCCUGCAACAAAACUGAACGACAUAGAAAUACGAAUCAACAACUUAAUUCAUUUGUUGUCCGGCAAAAACUCACCAAGUGGAAUAACUGAAUACAGUUAA